UGCCAUGUCGGCGCCUCUUUUGGACAGAGACCCAUGCCCAGACCGCAUCAUCGAGGAUGCCGGCGGUACUUUCGCCAUGGGCGCCGUGGGAGGUUCUGUGUUCCACCUCCUCAAGGGCCUCCACAACUCGCCCAAUGGCGCGCGAAUCAGUGGCGGCAUGCAGGCCGUGCGAUCGAACGCCCCGCGGAUCGGCGGGAGCUUUGCCGUGUGGGGCACCGUCUUCUCCAUCACCAGCUGCGCCGCGGUCUUCGUGCGCCAGAAGGAGGACCCCUGGAACUCCGUCAUCGCCGGCGCCGCCACGCACGGGUUUCUCCACCUGCGCAUGGGCCUCAGGGUUGCAGGCCGCAGGGCGGUCUAUGGCGGCUGUCUCCUCGCGCUCAUCGAGGGCGGCGCCCUCAUGGUAAACCGUCUCUUCGACGCAAAGAAGAACCCCCCGCCGCGGCCGCGCCCUGCCCAUGACCCCAACUUGGCCACGGCGAUCCCAUGCCCGCCCCAGCCCGCCGUGUCCCCUGCGGAGGUCGCGAGCUCGAGCGGUGGGGGUAGCUGGUUUGGGGGCCUAUUCGGCAAGGAGAAGGAGAAGAAGGCCAGCGGCAGUGGCGGCAAGUCGGAGGUAUUAGAGAGCUUUGAGACGCCCAGCCCUCCGAUGCCAUCAUCAUCUGAAUACAAGUGAAAAGAAGGUGCGCGCGGUGCUAAUUGGACUGCUCUCUGGUCUGCAUCUUUCACUCGGUUUCAGGAAAAUGUGUUGUCUUUAAGCUUCAUCCGCUCCUUGUUUCUUCCAUUUUCACGGGAGGAAGUGGCAAUUAUCGCGUGCUUUUGUUGCACGGCGAGCAGGUUCGUGCGGUUUAGUCAUGCUGUUCUUGCACGGAUUUAGCUUCGUUUUUCCAUUCUCGCACUCUCGAUGAUACAGAGUUAAGUUUGUGACAGUUUAUGCCUACUUUAGAAUCCAAC